AUGGCAUCCACCUCAAUAAACCCACCACAAGUAGUCGACCUCAAAUGGCGCCAAGGCGUCGACCCAGCCUCAGGCGGCCGCCCCCCAAUCGUGCCCAACCGCCACGAAAUCGCCGACGGCAUGGACAUCACCUGGGACGUCCCCGUGCCGGUCCGCGACGGCACCAUCCUCUACGCCGACGUCUUCCGGCCCGAGAACUUCCAAGCGCCUUUGCCGAUCAUCCUGACCAUCAGCCCGUACGGCAAGCACGGGCCGAAGACGUUCGCCCUCUUCCCCGGCUCCGGCGUGCCCGAGGGCUCCGUCUCGCCGUACUGCGUCUGGGAGGGGCCCGACCCCCUCUACUGGACCGCUCGCGGCUACGCCGUCAUCAACGCCGACUCGCGCGGCUCGUGGGGCUCGGGCGGCGACCUGGAGAUCUUCAGCCGGCAGGAAGCGCAGGACGGCUACGACGUCGUCGAGUGGGCGGGUACACGCGACUGGUCGAACGGGAAGGUGGCGACGAUGGGCGUGUCGUACCUGGCCAUCGUGCAGUGGGGCAUCGCCGAGCUGAACCCGCCGCACCUGGCGUGCUUCGUGCCGUGGGAGGGCUUCACGGAUCUGUAUCGCGACUACUGCUACCACGGGGGCAUACCGGAGACGAAGUUCCUGCACUUCACGGCGUGGUCGUGCCGCGCGGGCUUCAACAAGGUCGAGGACUGGAUCCAGAAUAUCAGGGACCACCCGCUGUGCGACGCCUACCACAAGUCCAAGUGCUCGCAGGACCUGGCCAAGAUCCGCGCGCCCGCAUACGUCGUCAUCGACUGGGGCGACCACGGCAUGCACACGCGCGGCUGCCUGAACGGCUUCGUCGGCAUCUCCUCCACAGACAAGUUCCUCGAGGUGCACGGCCAGAAGAAGUGGCAGUACUUCUUCCAGGACUCCAGCCUCAAGCGCCAGGAGGCCUUCCUGGCAAAGUACCUCAAGGGCGAGGCCACCGAGGUCGACAGCUGGCCCCGCGUGCGCCUCGAGAUCCGCGACCGCGCGUGGCAGGGCUCGGCCUGGCGCGACGAGCACGAGUGGCCGCUCGCACGCACGCAGUACGUCCCCAAGUACCUCGACGCCGCGUCCGGCACGCUGCGCGACGCCCCUGUGCGCGACCCCGGCGUCGCGGCGUACGAGUCGACGGUCGUCGACGACAGCGCGCGGUUCACGUACACGUUUGACAAGGAGACAGAGCUGACUGGCGGCAUGCGGCUGAGGUUGUGGGUUGCUACCGACAAAGCCAACGACAUGGACUUGUUCGUCCAGCUCGACAAGAUCGACGUGCAGGGCGAGCGGGCGCCGUUCGUCGCCUUCUCCAUGGUCGACGACGGCCCGCUCGCGCUGGGCUGGCUGCGCGUCAGCCACCGCGAGCUGGACCUGCGCAAGAGCACCGUCGACAGGCCGUGGCACAAGCAUGAGCGCGAGUUGCUGCUCGAGCCCAUGGAGGUCGUUCCGGUCGAUGUCGAGAUCUUGCCUACGUCGACGGUCUUCCGGAAGGGGGAGAAGCUGAGGUUGAAUGUUCAGGGGAAUGAUUCGUUCCGCCAUUCAACGCCUGACGUUGUGCAGUUCCAUGAGGAUUUGCGGAAUAAGGGGAAGCAUUUCAUUUACACUGGUGGGCUGCACGAGUCUUACCUAGUUUUCCCGGAGAUCAAUUCGUGA